UUCGCGGCCCGGGAGGGAGGCUCCCGGCGCGGGUGCGGGAGAGGCCCGGUGGCCGGAGGGAAGGCGGAGCCCGCGAGGAAACCGAAACUGAGAGCGGGCGAGCGGCCCGGACCCUGCAGGCGGCGGCGGCGGCGGCGGCGCUGCGGGGAGAGCGGGUUACUAGAGGAAAUGGCCAAUCAGCGUCCACCAAGUUUUUUUAUUGAAGAACUUAAUAUAUUCUGUCAGAAGCACAAAAAGGUACUUAAGUAUAAUGAACUGUCUAAGGAAGGACCUGCACAUAACUUAAGAUUUACAUUCCAAGCUAUCAUAGAUGAGAGAAAAUAUCCAGAAGCCGAAGGUAAAUCAAAGAAGGAGGCCAAAAAUACUGCAGCCAAAUUAGCUCUUGAAAUACUUCAUAAAGAAAACAAGGCGGUUAGUUCUUUAUCACUGCCAACAACAGAUACUUCAGAAGGAUUAGGAUUAGAAGGCGUUGGGAAUUACAUAGGCCGUAUGAAUAGGCUUGCCCAGAAGGAACAACUAUCUGUAAAUUAUGAACAAUGGGAAUUGAAGGAUUGUGGGCCAGAAAGAUUUCAUUGCAGAUGCAAAAUUGGACAGAAAGAAUAUGAUAUUGGUAAAGGUGCUACUAAACAAGAGGCAAAACAUUUGGCUGCUAAAUUUGCAUAUGAACAGAUAGAGUCAGAGCAAACCUUAAUGAAUGCUGAUUCAACUGGUUCUUGGACUACUUCACCUAGUGACUCCAGGAACAACACUUUGAUGAGAAGCCUAUGUGCUUCAAAAUCACCACUUGAAAAUAAUUUCUCACCAAAUUGUAACUGGGACAAUGUCAACAACUCUCCAUCUUCUCUGAGCAAUGCCAGAUACAGUGAAAAGAAGGUGAAAAGAACUUUAGCACCUACCUUUAGCUCUCCUAUGACCAAAGAACACAAGUAUACAGUGGAAGGCAGGUUUGCCAGUGAUUUUACAGAAAUAGAACCAAUUGGCUCAGGUGGAUAUGGUCAAGUUUUCAAAGCAAAACACAAAAUUGAUGGGAAGAUUUAUGUUAUUAAACGUGUUAAAUACGAUAGCGACAAGAAGGUAGAACGGGAAGUAAAAGCUUUGGCAGCGCUUGAUCACGUAAAUAUCGUGCACUACCGUAGUUGCUGGGCUGGGGAAGAUUACAAUCCUGAGGACAGCGUAAAUCCUUCAAGAACAACAACUAAGUGCCUUUUCAUCCAAAUGGAAUUCUGUGAUAAAGGAACAUUGGAGCAAUGGAUUGACAACAGAAGAGGCAAGAAACAAGACAAACCUUUGGCUCUGGAAUUAUUUGAACAAAUAGUAGCAGGUGUGAAUUAUAUACACAGCAAACAGCUAAUUCACAGAGACCUUAAGCCAGGAAACAUAUUUUUAGUAGAUACAAAACACCUAAAGAUUGGAGAUUUUGGACUUGUGACAUCCUUGAAAGAUUUUGCAAAUCGGACAAGUAAUAAAGGAACUGUUCGGUACAUGAGCCCAGAGCAGAUUUCUUCACAAGAAUAUGGAAAAGAAGUGGAUAUCUUUGCUUUGGGGCUAAUUCUUGCAGAACUUCUUUACAUAUGUCCCACUGUUUCAGAAACACUGGAGAUUUUUAAAGAGCUAAGGGCUGGCAAGUUCUCAGAUGUGUUUGAUGCCAGAGAAAAACAACUUCUGCAGAAAUUACUAUCACUUGAGCCCAUGAAACGACCUAAUGCAUCUGAAAUACUGGAGACUUUGAAGGAUUGGAAGAAUGUUGCAGAAAAAAAGAAGUCAAGGACAUGUUAGAGCCCUUCUAAAAAAGUAUUCUGCUUUGGAUAUUCAAUUUUUUCUGUAAUGGACCAAAAUCUUUUAGGGUAUUUACCUUCUAUUUUCAUUUUUCCCUUAAUUUUUCACUACAUUUUAAGAAGGCUCAAUUUUUUUUUUUUUUUUUACUUCAGAGACAUUCAUACAUUUGCCUUUUUCCUGGCUCAUCUCCUUAUUAUAAACAUAGGGGGAGAAAUCUCUCAAAUUUUUUAUAUCAAUUAGUAGAUCAACUAAUAAUUGUUUAUUUAAUGUUCACUGUUUCUAAGCCAAAAAAUAUAACGUCCUUCCCUGUCUUAAAUAGCUGACAAGCUAGCUAGAGAAAUAGGGGACCCAUAAAAAGUGAUAUACAAUCAUUUUGGAAAACAAUUUGGUCUGAUCUGAUUAAGUUGAAGGCGUAUAUACCCUCAAAGCCAUCAAUUCCAUUCCUACAUGAAUACCUACAAGAAUGUUCAUAGAAGCUCUAUAAUGGCCAAAAGAAUAAAAAACAAUCUAUAUCACAAGAAGAAAAAAAAACAAAAAAACCCCAAGAAGAAUGGAUAAAUAAAUUGUAUUUGUCACGAAUGUCACACAUUUGUCACACAUUGUAAUACUACAUAGCAGUGAAAAUGGAUGAAUUACAAGCUCAAUGUAGUAACAUGAUACAUCUCAUAGGAACAUAAUGUUAGCAAACAAAGCUACAGAAAAUGUGGUUACAGAAAAUGUGGACAGAAUGGUUCUCUUUACAUAAAGUUCCAGAGAAUGCUAAAUGACAUAAUUUUGUUUAGAAAUUCAAAAAAUGUGGUAAAAAAACAAUACAGGGAAAGAAAGGAAUAAGAAAUAUUAAAUCCCAUAGUGGUUCUCUGAGGAGGGAUGGAAGUGGUGCGACUAGCGAGGUGAAGUGCAAAGGUUCACUGUUUUUUCUUAAACUGGCUGUUGAGUUUACUACAGUUUACUGCAUAGUCAUUCUUUUAUCUUAAAUAGAUUUUGUAUCUAUUAGAACAAACACUUUAGGAAGAUAACUGUGCUGGGAGACAGUAGGGAAACACAGAGAAUAGUGGGUUUGUGGGAGAUGACUUUCUACUGGGGUAUCAUAGUGCAGGGCUUAGACGUGGCAUUCCAGUGAGACUUAGGUGAGGGAUUUAGAUGAAUAGAGAGGAACUGUAUGGGCAGUAUUCUGGGCAAGAGGCGUGACUUAAAUUCUGGAAAAGAAACACCUGAGAAACAUUGGAUAUACUGGUUUGUUUCUCUGAGUUGUUGGAGGGACUAGCAGAAGAUACUUUGGGUGCCAUCUUGGAUUGAUGGUUGAUUCAAACUUUAUAGCAAUCAACUACCAUUCUAAAAUUGCCUUAUACUUUUACAAAUCUUAAAAUAUAUGUAUCUGAGAUGAAAUGUUCAGAAGUCUAAAUACCACCUUUUCCAACACUCCAUUAUCCAGGACACUGACUAGAAACAUAAACUCACAACAGUGUUGACCGUAACUUGAGGCUCCUGGCAUAUUCAGUUUUGGUUAUGGAAUAACGAAUGAUUCCAAUAUUAUUCAUACUUAUUUUUAUGAUUUUUUUAUGUUAAAACAUACAUUAAAUCAGAAUAGGGGUUGCCUGGGUGACUCAGUUGGUUAAGCAUCAAACUCUUCAUUUCAGCUCAGGUCAUGAUCUCACGGUGGUUGGAUCGAGCCCCAUGUGUGGCUCUGCGCUCAGUGGGUCAUCUGCUUCUCUCCCUCUCUUAAUUUUUUUUUAAAUUUAUUUUAUUUAUUUGAGAGAGAGCAUGAGCAGGGGGGAGGAGAAGAGGGAGACUCCCUACUGAGCAGGGAGCCCAAUGUGGGCUCAAUCCUAGGACCCUGAGAUCAUGACCUGAGCUGAAGGCAGAUGCUUAACUGACUUAGCCACCCAAGUGCCCCAAUAAAUAAACUCUUAAAAAAAAGAGACUAGAAUUGUGAAACUCUAUGUACCCAUCACCCAGUUUCAACAACCAUCAGUAAUAUUCUACCUUUCUUAUAUGUCUCCCCCUUCCUUUUUAUAAUUUUUUUUUACUAGUAUAUACUAAAGCGAAUCUCAGGCAUUAAAUUAUUUCAUUGUAAAUACUUAAAAAUGUAUCCCUGACAUAAGAUCAUUUGAAUUUUAAUAAAACCAUGAUACAUUGUCAUUCAGCAAAAUUAAUAAGAUUUCCUCGUCACAUAAUUUUUUCUAUUCAGUUUUCUUUACAAAAAUGUAUUUCACUGCUUGUAUAAAUCAGGAUCCAACAUUGCUGUAGCUGAUGUCUCUUUUACUCUGUAACAUUUACCCGUUUUAAACUUUACCUCUUGCCACUUAUUUGAGGAAGCAACUGGAUCACAUAUCUUAUAGAAUUUCCUUCACUCAGGAUUUGACUGAUAGCAUCCCCAUCAUGUCUAGUUAGAGCUAGAAGCUUGAUUUGAUUCUGGUUCACAAAAUUUCCCCCCAAGAAUACUGCAUAGGUGAUACUAUAUACUUUUUUUGCAUCACUUCAGGAGGAAUAUGUUUGGUUUUUCCAUUUUUGGUGAUCUUAAGAUGGAUCAGUGGGUUCCUCUCCAUCUUCCACCUAACAGUUUUAGCAACCAUUGAUGAUUGUUUGGAUCUAUUAUUUCAUUAGAGGUUGCAAAAUAGGGAUUUUUGGAUUUUAUUAAACCUCUUUGUCAUCUGUGAUUCUUCUAUAUUUACUCUAAAGCUGAAUGGGACAGAUGGGAUAAAUACUUAUUUUUAGAAUGAGUUGGUGCCCUGGCAACUUCCAAAGGUGACAAAUGAGGUUUUUGUUUUUUGAGCGGGAGUGUGACCCAACCAGUUCAUUGAAACAGUGUGUUUAAAAUGGGUUAGAGCAGGAAGAGACUGUAUAUGAAAGACAGAAAAAAUAGUGGAGUCAGAACCAAGAGGAGUUGGUAACUAAUUGUGGGAAUUAAGGAGAAGGUAUGCAGCAGACAUUACCUCCAGGUUUGUUUGAAAGAGAAUGACUGGAUGCCAUUACAGGAAAUAACAGGCCUCCAUCACAUUAAUCCCCCAAAAGUCACACAUCCUUGAGAGGUAUUUUGUGUCACAGUUUUGUCUAUUAUACAAUUUUUCGUUAGAAUUUAAACCAAUAGUGAGGCCACCUCAUGUCUGUCCACAUGGUGAGAUGGAGCAUGCAUGGGAGGCAAAAUGUUAGCUUUUGUUUGGAGAUGCCGUGUUUGUGUUGCUGCCAGAAUAUUCAAGUGAAGAUGUAGAGCCGACUGUAGGAAACACGAUACGGACAUGACAGAAAGGAUGGAAUUAUACACAAAAUGAUGUGUAUGUUAUCUGGAAGUAACCCCUGAAGCUCAAUUUAGAAUCCAGGGGAUUGCCAACAGAGAUUAUAUAGAGGAGAGCAGGAUGAGGAACAAAGUAUGGCAGACAGUCCAUUUAGAUACUUAUUCUUUGUAUCUAAAUGUCCACUCAGACGUUAAUGUCUGUGAUUCUGUAUCUAGGACUAUGGCCUAUCCCAAUCCUACAUUUCCUCUGAUGAAUUGACUAUGGUUGACAGAUACAUGGUGGCCUCACUGUUGGUUUAAACUCUGACUAAAAACUGUAUAACUGGUAAAACUGUGGGGCAAAUCUCUCUCAAAUAUGUGUGGCUCUUCAGGGGUUGAUUUGAGACCUGUGUCCGUUUUCUAUGACUGCUGUAACAAAUUACCACAAACCUGAAGGCUUAAAACAACAUACAUUUAUUAUCUUACAGUAUUGAAGGUCAGAAAUCUGAAAUGAGUUACACUGGGCUAAAGUGGAAGUGUUGGCAGGGCCAUGCUCCUCUGGGGGUUCCCACUCCAUGACCCAUGAUCACUGUUACUUGAAUAAGCCCUCACCAUGUAGGCUGGCUGUGUGACUUGAAUAAGGUUUUGCACUUAAUGGCUCCCUGCUAUGGUUUCUACCUAAAAUUCAUUUUUUUAAAUAAAAUUUUACUGAUAUAUAAUUCACAAAGCAUACAAUUUCACCCAUUUAAACUAUACAGUUCAGUGGUGUCAAGUAUGUUCAGAGUUGUGCAGCCAUCACAAAAGGAAAACCCAUACCCAUUAGCACUCUCCUCAUCUUCCCCACAAAGCUCAGUAACCACUAAUUUACCUUCCAUCUCUACAGAUUCAGCCACUCUGGACAUUUCAUUUAAAUAGAAUCAUAGGAUAUGUGGUCUUUUUCACUUAGCAUAAUGUUUUCAAGGUUCACCCAUGUCAUGGCAUGGAUUGGUACUUCAUUCCUUUUUAUUGCCAACUCAUUAUCAAUUAUAUGGAUGUAUCACAUCUUAUUUAUUCAUCAUUCGAUGGACAUUUGGGUUGUUUCCACUUUCCUGCUAUUAUGAACAAUGCUACUAUGAAUAUUCCUGUACAAGUUUUAUGUGAACAUAUGUUUUCAUUUCUCUUGGAUAAAUGCCUGGGAGUGGAAGGAAGUGCUGGGUCAUACUGUAACCCUCAUAACUUUGUGUAUCAAGGUUUUCAGGACCAAAUUUAGAGUGAUGUCAUAGUGUUCUGUCAACCCCACUCAGAAUUAAAUUUCUCCCUGCUACUGCUAUUGUUCACCACCUCAGUGUUAUGCUCACCGAUCUGCCUUGGAACUCAGUAAUCCUAUGUGGCUCUUUUUGUGAAUUACGGGAAAGCAGGGAAAGGCUCUUUCAUUUUUAUAUGCCCAAGGCACAAAGCAGGAACUCUGCAAGUGCUUUUGAAUUGGUGGGAAAUAAAAGUAUUAAGAAUUUCAUAUGCUUGAUCCUACAGACUGUGUCUAAUACUAAAUAAUGAUCACUUUCAAUUUCGACAAUUACAUGACAAAUAACACUUAAAAAAUAAAGGUGUUUAAGGCAAACCAAUUUCAUGCAUUAAAGUCUGUUUAUUUUGGCUUAUAGAAGCUCUGGUGUUUUGGAUUUAUAUUAAGAAAAUGAAACACUUAAGAAGUUAUAGACAGGACUGAAACAGGACAAUAUAAACAAAAGUAAAUGACAACAUGAUGAGUUAAAGUUUCAAAUUUCACAUAAAUUUCACUGAAGCAAAUUCAAAUUCACUAAAGCAAAUUUAAAAAUUCUUUUCAAUGUUUUGCUUCCCUUGGUUUUCAUUGUCAUUAUGAUAUCAACAGACUUUUAUUAAUAAAAAUAAAUUUUUACUCAUAUUGAAAGCCUGUGUUUUUCAUUGUUGAUGGAUAAGACUAGAGGGAUGUUUCCCGCUGUCCAAGGUAGGCCUAGUUCUAGCCCUUGACCAGGAAACACAGACUAUAACUCUGGUGGAGUCCCAGAUCCCAUCAAGGUUAUCUGCACAUUCUCAGCCUAAUUACGCAUGAACAACUUAAAAAUAUUCUUGGCCACUAGGCAGGCGGGAAGUUGUUCCAAUAGUUGGUAACUGGAGAAAAAGCUAGUGCCUAACUCUGUUCCAUCUAGAACAAUCCACGUGGCUUUGGGAAUGGCUACAUGAAUGUCAGCAUACUGGCUGGAAUGACAGUAACACAUCUGACUGUAAUUCCAAGGAAAGAUGAACUCCUUUGUUUUAGCUAUUAAUUCAAUUUUAUUUUUUAAGUGAAAAAGUAAAUAUUAAAUACUAUUAUCCAACUGUAUAAACCCUAGUAUUAUAUAUAUAAAUAUGUAUAUUUAUAUUCACAAAAAUAGUAAUUCAUUUUCUGGAUGAAGAACAGAGGCUUGGAAGUUAACUAGGUGAUUCACAAGUUCUGCUGAGUCUCAGAAUCAAGGGUAGUAAUGUUUAGGCCACACCGACCAAUUACAUCUGAAUCUCUUGGGUUAGGAUGUUCGUAUUAUCCUUUUUUAAAGUUCCCCAAGCUAAACAUGAUAACAAAUGAAUUAGGUCAUAUUAGGGCAGAGGCCGACACAAGUUGUACUAUUGAUUAUCUUAACUCAAAUAUAACUUAGCUUUUGCUGUGUUCUUGGGUGUGAGGUUUCUAAUAAAAGGAAGGAAAUUGAUCCUUUGCUCAAUGGUACUGAAAGGUGAGCUAUAAAAUUGUACCCCAAGAAUGUAACAGUGCUCUAUUUCUAACCUGUAGAACUAGUCUUCAUCCACAGGUGCUUAUCAGGCUCAUUCUUCGAACUUCAAAAGAAAUACAGAUAUCCAGAAAUUAUUCUAGACCAGCUGAAUCAAAAUCAUUAGGGGAGGCACCUGAGCUUGUAAAUUUUAAAAAAAGUUCAUGAUUUUUGAUGCCAAAUUUUGGCUGAAGAUCUUUAGAGGUGUGCCACAUGGCAUGUGCUUAGCUAUAUUCGGUUAAAUUAUAGGGAAGCAGAUUUUUAGAAAAAUGACUUUAAAAAAUCACAUAGUUAUCCAGCAAUGGAACAAUCUAUUUUAAGGCAGGGAGCUCUCAAUGGCUAGAAAAAUAAAGGCAGAGGUUGGAUUACCACCUGCUGGGAAUGUUAUCCAAAGGCCCUCAAAUUUAGUGAGUAGUUGGAUCACCUGAUAUCUAAGGUUACUCCCAAUUCUUAAGUUUCUUUAGCCAAAACCUGCAAUCAAUCACCUACAAUGGAUGUUCACAUUGUCGUGAAAACUCAUGAUUUUUCCAGAAGUAUCAUAAUGAUUUUGUUUCUAAAACUGGCUAGAAUGAAGUAAUGUCAGUGAAGUAGUGUUAAUGGAACAUUGCCUCUUAUACUGGUCUUCCCUCCUCAUGCUCGCAUGGACAGAAGGGACUUUUUCUUCCUCCCUGGGAGAUAGAAGUGUGGCA